AUGGACUCGCUUGCGCUGGACCACAUUGCCCGCGUGCAUACGGUCGUUCUUGAAAUGUACCGCGAUAGAGGGUAUGAGAUGGGGCCCCUGGAAAAGCAGAUGGGACUCUCCGCUGAGGAGGUGGGACGACUAAUAGAUGAUAACGUUACUAACCUUCGACCCCUCUGGUUUAUCAUUACAAAGGGCCCUGUGGCUACCGCUGUGGUAUACAGUAUACUUCCGUGGGUCGAUGCUUCUGCAGCAAUCGGGCAGUACGUGGACCAAGAGGCCGUUCAAAAGUGCCUCUUUGUCUACUUCGGCGGUCCAGCGAUCUCGUGUAGAUCAGAGCACCGUGUGAUUAAUGAUGUAGAAGUAGACAUACACGACUUUUCUCAGUUUCUUAUCAAUCCCACAAAGCACCGUCUCGUACCGAAGCACACCAUCCUAUCGAACACUGAAAAGGCCAGAGUUUUAGCUGAGCUCCGGGUCACGGAAGCACAAAUACCUCUCAUUCAAACGUCGGAUCCCAUCAUGCGGUGGUAUGACGCGAAGCCAGGGGACCUCAUCAGAAUAACACGAACGUCGGGCAGUGCGGGGAAACAUCUCUACUACAGAUUGUGCUACUAA